GCGGUCGGUGUUUCAGAUAGUUUUCGUUCAACCACAGACAGGUCAUCAUGUCUCGAAGUUUUUGUGCGCUUUUGGCGAUUCUCAUAGUUAAUUUGGCCAACGCGACGCCUCAAAAUUCUCCAACCAUCGUUCCGCAAAUCCGCACUAAUGGUUUUCAACUGGAGCCCCUAAACCAGGAAUACUUUCUUAGAAUCGAACAUCCGGGUGGUGCUAUUCGCCAGGAAACCGUGAAACAGAAUGAUGCCGGUCACCUGCAAGUCAGCGGAUUAAUUAAUCAGCCCUUUGAGGAUCAGGGUGCCAAUCUUGUACUGACCUAUGAGGCCGGACCGAAUGGAUACGUUGCAAAAUACAAAUUUGGCAAGAGUCCUCCAACGCCCCCGCCUCAGACCCCCUUUUUCCUCAGCCCCGGAGUCCUGAAAACCGCAGCUGGAUAAAAUGUAGAAUUAAUUGUGCCUUAAAAAGAACAAUACAUUUAAGUGAUAAGCGAAACGUAUUCAUACGACUAAAAAUUACCUUUAAAUAAUUAAACUGAUUUGGUAACCAUAUAUUUUUGAACUUAAGAUAGCUAGGAUCAUUAAAGGAAAAACAAGAGUACUGAACUAGAAUAUGAACAUCUUUGAAUAUACAGAUUGAGACAUUUAUAAAAACCACGGACAAAA